GGUGAGGAAACUUCGAAUGAUACGGUAAAUUAUAGAAAAGAUUUCAAGAAAGACUGGUCGGACCACGCCCUCUGGUGGCCGACACGCAACAAAUGGCUGUCCAGGCCCAAACACACCCUGGACCAGUACUCGGUCCACGCCGACGCCGCUCUCCACUUCACGCCCAUGCACAAACCCCUCAGGAUCCAGUUGCCAGACUUGAGAUAUAUCGACUGCAAGAUUGACUUCUCCAUUGACACUUUCAGCGCUGUGGUGCAACUUUGCAAGAGUCUCGGUAUACGGCAUCCAGAAGAACUCUCACUCUGCUAUCCCCUAGAGCCCUCCCACCUCAAACAGAACUACCAAAACCUCAAAGAAGCGAAGAGAAUAAAGACCAGUCAGCCGGACACCAAUACAUUUAUCGCGGCCGCGAGAGGAUCAUCAAACAGUUUGGACAGAUCCAAUGGACAGUGUCCUGCAACGCCACCUCCUCCUAGAUCGUUAUCUGCUACACCUGUGGCUUCACAACAGAAUGGCACGCUCCGUCGUUACGGCAACCACAUAUACAGCACACAGAGCGAUGGCUCCAGCGACGGCGGGUAUUGCGGGACUCCUCCAAGAGCCGCCUCCCUGGACGCUCUGGACUCUGUCGCUGACCUGUCCCUGGCCGACUCGCCAUUGGAGCCAGACACACACUCCAGAGAAUCUCUACUCACUCCUAAAUCAUUGGUCGAAAGGGCUAGGAUGAAUGUUGGUUGGCUAGACUCGUCCCUGUCCAUCAUGGAACAGUACGUCCGAGAAUGGGAUUGUCUGCAGCUGCGCUUCAAAUUCUACUCCUUCUUCGACCUGACCGCGCGUCCGCAAGACGCGCCCAGACUGAACCAGCUGUACCAACAGGCGCGCUGGCAGAUACUCAACCAGGAGGUGCAUUGUACUGAGGAGGAGAUGCUGCUGUUCGCUGCUUUACAGCUGCAGAUAGAGCUGCAGACGCUGGCGGGCGGCGGCGUGGAGGCGGCGGACGGCGCGGCGCCCGCCGGCGCGGCGCCCGAGGACGAGAUCGACGCGGCGCUGAGCGAGCUGCAAGCGCAUCUCGAGGGGGGGCCCGUCGCCCGCCCCGACAUCACUCAGGUGCCUGAGUUGGCGGGCUACCUCAAGUAUCUCAGCAAAGGUCCUAGCUCUUGCGGCAUAUCGCCAAAGCGCUUCACUCUGAAGUCGUACAAGCGCAGUUGGAUCUCGUGCCGCGACGGCAUCCUGCGCAUACACUCGUCUCGUGACGCGGCCGCGCGCGGCGACGCGCCUUCUUACAUGGUCGAGCUCAGGGGCGCCGAGGUGACGCCGGACGCGCACCCGGCCACGGGCCGCUACAGCAUCAAGCUAGAGGUGCCUGCUGAUGACUCUAUGCACGAGAUCUGGCUCAAGUGCGAGAACGAGGAGCAGUACUCGUCGUGGGUGGCCGCGUGCCGGCUGGGCGCGCGCGGGCGCUCGCUCGCGGACGCGGCGUUCGCUAGCGAGGCCGCGGCCGUGCGCUCGCUGCUGGCGCUGCAGACGCCGCAACCCGACGCCGCGCUGCACUCCCACAGUCUGCCGCACCUCGACCAUCUGCUGCCCGAGAACUACCUCGCGCCCAAAUACGUUAGGAAACUCAAGGGGAACAAGUUCACGCAACGGGUACUCGAGAGCCACGCGAACGUCAAAGACCUACCGCUUCUGGAAGCCAAAUUACAGUACAUCAAGACCUGGCAGAAUUUACCUGACUAUGGCCAGUCGCUAUUUGUCAUUCGCUUCAUGGGCCAGCGCAAGGAUGAAAUUAUCAGCAUUGCUAACAACCGCAUCAUGAGACUCGAUCCUAACACUGGAGACCAUAUCAAGACGUGGAGGUUUAGUACUAUGAAGGCGUGGAACGUAAACUGGGAAAUCAGACAUAUGAUGGUGCAAUUCGAAGAAGGGAACAUAGUGUUCUCAGUACAAUCAGCCGACUGUAAAGUAGUGCAUGAAUUUAUUGGCGGAUACAUAUUCCUCUCCAUGAGGUCUAAGGAUGCUAACCAGACAUUGAACGAAGAACUGUUUCAUAAACUCACCGGUGGCUGGACGUAAAUGUAAUGGCUGGAAUUGAGAAAAAUCUAUGCAAUAUUGUCUAUGAACUAAAUUUGUUCUUAAUUUAAAAUUAUGGACUCUAGCCCCACAAGUCUCACAUACGAAUCAUGUUCUUAUAUAUUUAUAUGACAACAAUAUUUAUGUAUGAAUGAAUAUUUUAUUGGAUAGUCAAAUGAAGUAUUUAAAUGUGCCUUGAAUAUUUUUCUUAUUUAAAGUAAUAUUAACACAAUUACGCGAGAUACACACGUUAUACCAUGGAAUCGAAAUCUCGCAUCAUGUAGUGCUUCCAGUAAUUUAUAUUAGCGAUUUUGUAUAUGCCAAAUUAACUGAUUCUUUGAUCUGAACGGUGUCCCGGUUCUUCUUCAGCCUUUGGGCGUUGGAGCCCGGGGUCCGCUUGGACCAAAUAUAAUUAACACACCGAUACAAAGCUUCCUUUUUCUACAUCACUUGUAACGGAUUUAAAUAGGAACUUUUCCCUUUUGAGUUCCGCCGCAGUCGGGUAAAGAUGCGCGCUUUUCAUACAAAUAAUUUGUAAGUUAUUUAUAAGUGAUACAGUUGAAAAAGUGCCAUUAUGGGAUGGGGUGAAGUGAACCCAUGUCGCCUUCACACGCGUUGGUGCUUUAUUGAAAUUAACUAUAAGUAUAGCCCCGAUAUAUUAUUAGUUGUACAUUUUAAAAGGACCAGAUUUGACAUGCGUCGUAUCGUAAUCCCUUGUCCGCACUGGCGUAAACUAAACGCGUGGGCGUGAAAUAUGCUUUGGGAUAUAAGAUAUACCGGAUCAUACGGCGAUGAUUUUGAUCGUGAAUUUUAAGCGCGUUGAACGCUAGACGAGAUAGAUAAAAAGACGCCAAUGUCAGCUUUUUUACGAGGGGAUUCUAAGUCUCGUUUCGGAGGACGUGAAAGAAGUUGUGCUUUUACUAGUAGUUAUCUUUGGAUUUUCGGAAAUAAAUAUUUAAAAUAAAAUUGGUCUUUUUAAAACCUAUAAUGUGAAUUGAGUGGCCUUUGUUAAUAGAAUUGCUUUCAUUGAUACAAUGUAAAUAACAAUAUUUUAAUUUUAUACCAUUAUUGGUGGGAUUUUUUUUUUUGCUUAAACAUUCUCAUAUUUCUGUUACUUUGUAAUGUAUUUUACUUUGGACUGCUAGUCUCAUGGAGUUCGCAUUAAAUGCCGUCAUCUAAGUUAUGUAAUUUAAUAAAGUAUUAACAAUUAUUUUGCCGAAUAUUAUUGUAGAAUUAUUGUACAAAUAUGUAUGUACACUUGGUAACAUAGUGACUGUAAAUGAAUGUCGAAAUAAAUGUAAAUUAAUAACAAGAAA